AUGGCUCCAACGUUACAACAGUGCCCCGUCUGCUUUAACCACUAUAGAAGCACUCCAGACGGGAAGUUAUGUCGGCACGGAGGUAAAGUGAAAGGACAGGAAGGCUCGGGGUUCCGGAAAAAAGUUGAUCCAUCGGGCGCGAGGGCUGCUUCGCCUCUCGGUGUCGCACCCGACCCCAAGCCUGGGUUGCCCACACGGUCGUCGGCCGCAUCGGUCUCCGGUGAUCCUCUCGGCCUGGAUUACUCUGGUGUUUUUGACAAGCUGACGGCCGUGCUGAAAUGUGUACCGGUGUACGACCAUAUCCCUAAGCCAUGCAGGAAGAAGUUCGCACAUGAUCUGAACGCCUUGCUGACGGCUGUUUGUAAUGACCCUGGUGACCCGGCUCACUGGGUUAGACUUCACUGUUUUGUCCCACACGUCUUACAGAAGACUUCCAGAGGGGGGUCGCCGGGUCAACCAGGGCAAUCUGGGAAACCUGUCCUCGGCUGUCAGACUUGUCUGGCGGAGAGCUCGCCGGCCACCUUCGAUAAAUUAUGUUCCAUCCACCCAAAAAUUCCGGUGGACAGGCGGGUCUUUUCCGCAUUGACACCAACGGCUAGUUGCGUUUCUCCCGCCGAGGUGCUGAGGGCCGUUAAAUCGUUCAAAAACGGUUCUUCUGGAGGCCUGGAUGGCCUACGACCCCAGCACCUUAAGGAUCUCUCUGAGCUUAAAUUCGCCUUGGGUCGUGUUUCCUGUCUUUCGGCCCAUGAUGCCUUGACUAUUAUCCGCAAUGCCCUCAGUUUGCCCAAAUUGAUGUACUUCCUGCGUACAUCUAAACACAUUGACCCUUCUAAAUUUGGCGAAUUUGACGGAGCCCUGCGCACCGCCCUGUCGUCGAUUUGCAAUGUUCAAGAACCAUCCGGCAUUUCUGCGCAUGAUGGUAGGCGCCCGGACGGAUGCACGCUAAUACCUUGGAGAGCCGGCAGAUGUUUGGCGUGGGAUGUUACGGUCCCUGGCACCCUCGCCGAACGAUACGUAAACCUGACAAGUAAAGAAUGCGGUUUGGCCGCGGCCAGGGCAACGGACGAGAAAAUGAAAAAAUAUGGGAACGCCCUCCCCUCGAUGGAAUUCUUGCCAAUAUGCAUCGAGGUUCUUGGCCCGAUGGACCCCAACACCCUUAAAUUUCUUAAGGAAAUAUGCAAAAUGAUCAGCGUCAGAUCAGGCGACAGCAGGGAACUGUUUUUCGCAACUAACCACAUUUCGUGCUUGUUGCAGCGGUUCCUGCGUGUCUGUGUGCUUGAAAAUAUCCAACUGAAUGCCGACAUGUGCAAUUAA